AUGACUGGAACAAGGACUCCAGACGACAGGAGGGGCGCCAUCAAGAUCAAGGUCGUGGAAGUGUCCCCUCCGGCGGUGGGAAUCGUAGAAGAAGGACGUGAGGAGGUUGCAGACGAGGCGUUGAAUCAGUUGAAAAAUGAUCUGGACGAAGCUUCCGGAAGGAACCAAGAACUCCUGAAGGAAAACAUGAAAUUGCUGGAGAAGGAGGGAGCUCUCAGGCAACGCAUCGAUGAACUCCAGAAAGUGUUGAUUCGGCAAGAGGUCGACCACCGCCAUCAGCUCGCCGUCCUGAGAGAAGAGGCCGACACCAGUGCCAGGGCGGCCGAAGACCAGGCGGCGAAAAUGAAAGAUUUGCAGGAGAAAUAUGACAAUGUGAAUGGCGCCUUGGGUAGGAGGGUGAUUGAAAUCGAUAUGCUGAAAGCCGACAUCGCUCGGAAAGCCGUCAAACUGGCCACCGACGAGAAGGAACUGUUGGCUCUGCGGGGGAAAGCGAAUGGCAGGGAAGCGGAGAACUCGAGGUUAAGGGAGAUCAUCGCAGACUACGAAAGACGGCUCCUCCAAGUUCCACAGGAGGAGGAUAUUGCCGCUCUCAAAUUCGACGUGGCACUGAAGGAAAGAGAAAUCGCGGAGGUUAGAAGAGCUCUCGACGAAGAGAGUCGAAGGAACAUAAUCCUGCAGUCUCAAGUAGAAACACUGAAAUCCCGCGUUUCUAAACAAGAAGAAAAUGGUGAUGAAAACGCCGAGACGAAGCAGGAGAUGAAAGAGGGACUCAAAACAAGAGAAGAGAGAGCAGAAGACGACGACGUUAGGAAAGCAAUAGAAGUGUUAAAAGAGGGACAAGCAGAGCUACAGAGACGGAUGAACGAAGAACUGGAGAAGAGAGAGAAGAUGGAACAACUGCUCGAGAGUCUUCUGAAUAAAGUGGAAGAAAAGCCAGGGCGGACAACUGAGGCCAAACGGCAAGAAUGCUCGGAAGAAGAAGACGAGGGAGGGGAGGAGGUUUUUAGUGAAUUGAUGUACCCUUAUUAUAGUGAUACGCCCUACUGUCUACUGGUGAAGAAAGAUUCGCCCUGGUGCACCGGAGAAUGCCAUUCCUCGGCGGGGGCUUCACUGAGCGAACGGGGCACGGAAGAAUUCGCCAGGUUAGAAGAAGGCAGGACGGAGGAAGAAGCCGAAGACGAAGCUAGUAUGUCUGGAAGGACGAGGAAGGAGAAGAAAAGGAAGAGACCCCUGGCCUGGAGAUUCAAAGCCGAACGUUGGAAGCUAAAAGAAAGGAGCUCGGUGUUAGAAUUCAUCGCCCAGAUAGGAGAAGGGAAAAAGGCGCAAAAUAAAAAGAAGAACAGGACGACGACGACGAAGCGCCAUCUAAAUUACUACGAUGACAUGCCUGAGACGCAGGCGCUGCGCCAGGAGCUCGCCAGGCAAGACAAGGAGCAUCUGUACCUGAAGGACCAACUCAGCAACCGCAAAGUCAGAUACCAACGUCUCCGAGAUCAACUGGGCGCCAAUAAACUAGAGAACAUGGUACUACAGGAUCAAGUUGCUGAGAUGAAAGAAAACGUUCGAAUAGUCAAUGCAGCGGCGGAGGAUCUUGAGAAGCAGCUGAACAGGGCGAACUGCAUCGUUACCCAACAGGACGAGGAAAUUGACGUCUUGAAACGUAAACUUCAAGAGAUGAAUUUAAUAAAUAAAAAGAAAUCGAAAAUAUGUGACGAGAAGGGAGACGAGUUCUUCCAGUGCGCGAGACAGAAGGCAAAGCUAGAAGAGCAGGUCGAGGAACUGCAGAGGGAAAACGAGAAGAUGCGGAGGGAAGGAGACUCGAGGAUGUGUGAACUAGAGCAGAAGAACCGCCAGCUACACCUCUUGGAAGAAGAGCUGAAGGCGAAGGAUGAAGAACUCAAGAGGGAAAUCGACAAAAACCCUGAGAACUUGGGGCUGGUGGAUGCCCUGGAGGGUCGCCUGCAACGCAUCAUUCGUCAAAAGGACGAAUUGGCCCACCAAGAGGAACAACUAUUUUUGAUGUGUCGUCAUCAAAGGAUGUUGAUAGAGAGAUACAAGCAUGUGAUAGAUCUGCUGUUGGCUUGGCGAGAGAAAGUCAGGAAGAAAUUAGAAGAGGGGGAUUUCAAUCUCGUACUCGCCAACCUUCAUUAG